AUGAACGGCGACACCUAUUCAUCAAGAGAUACGGCGCGCUCGCGCGAUCAGUUCGUAAGUGACACCUCGAUCUUUCCUCUGGCCAAAACUGAUUCCUUCCAGCGUGACGAGCGACGCGAUCGAGACCGAGGCGACCGGGGCGACCGCGCUGAGCGAGGUGCAGGCGAAAGACGACGAUCGCGAUCACCGCACUUCGGCUCGCGUAGUGCGCGCCGAGAAGCAGAGACCAAUACCUACUCCUCCAGCCGAGACUAUCGUGCCCGCGAGCGAGAGGAUCGCUAUUCCAGUCGUCGUGAAGACCGUGAUUGGGGCGGUGAUCGUGGCGAGCGUGGCGAGCGUGGCGAGCGAGGGGAGCGCGGAGAACGUGGAGACCGUGGAGGUGAUCGUCGACGACGCGACUUUGACGAUAGACCCCGACGGGACCUUUUCGAUGAACGACCCCGACGCGGUGGCCGCGAGGAUCGUCGAGACCGAGGUGAUCUUGAUCGGGGUGGUGACCGCAGAGGUGGACGGGGACCUGGUGGUGGUGGCAAUGGACCUGAGCCGGCUCGACGAAGUGCUUCACCCCCUCGCAGGAAAGAACCUACUCCAGACCUGACGGAUGUGCCUUCCAUUUUGGACCGUAAGCGUCGCCUCACGCAGUGGGACAUUAAGCCUCCCGGCUACGAGAACGUCACUGCGGAGCAGGCCAAGCUCUCAGGGAUGUUCCCACUCCCCGGCGCUCCACGACAACAACAACAACAGCAACAGCCGAUGGACCCAAGCCGACUGCAAGCGUUCAUGAACCCUCCCACUACUGGCUCGGUCGAGACCACAGCCUUGAAGCCAUCCAACUCCCGACAGGCGAAGCGUCUGUUCGUCUAUAACCUCCCUCCUGCGACGACCGGGGACAAUCUCAUGUCUUUCUUCAAUUUGCAACUCAAUGGCCUGAAUGUCAUUCACAGUGUUGACCCUUGUGUCUCCGCACAAGUGGCUGAUGACAACUCUUUCGCACUGUUGGAAUUCAAGUCUCCGAACGAUGCGACAGUCGCUUUGGCCUUUGACGGAAUCACUAUGGCUGAAGGGGCAGAGAAGGGCCUUGAGGUUCGCCGUCCGAAAGAUUACAUUGUUCCCAACGGAAGCGCAGAUCAAGAUUACCAGGAAGGUGUCCUCUUGACCGAGGUCCCAGACUCGCCGAACAAGAUUUGCGUCUCCAAUAUCCCCGCCUACAUUCCGGAGGACCCUGUUACCAUGCUGCUGAAAUCUUUUGGCGAACUGAAGUCAUUCGUCUUGGUCAAGGAUGCCUCAACUGAGGAAUCACGGGGUCUCAAUGGUAUGGAGCUUGGAGACCGUCACUUGAAGGUUGUUCGCGCCAGUAUUGGAACUACUCAGGCUGCCGGUCUUGACAUGGGCGUGAAUGCCAUGUCAAUGUUUGCAAAGACUACGUCCCAAGACAUGGAGGCUGGCCGUGUGCUUCAACUUCUUAACAUGGUCACUGUGGAUGAGCUACUCGACAACGACGACUACGAGGAGAUUAUGGAAGAUGUGCAAGAUGAAUGUGCCAAGUACGGCAAAGUUCUCAGCCUCAAGAUUCCCCGACCAUCGGGUGGUAAUCGCCAGGCCGCAGGCGUCGGCAAGAUUUAUGUUAAGUUUGAAACUCCAGAGUCUGCCACUAACGCCCUGAAAGCGCUUGCUGGUCGGAAGUUCUCGGACCGUACCGUUGUGGUUUCCUACUUCUUGGAAGAGAACUUUGAUGUCGAUGCUUGGUAG